AUGUCGGACGACACUGCCUCUACCAGCUCCGACUCGUGGCGUCACACACUCUUCUUUCAGGCCGCUUCUACCACCGAGAAACUCUUAGGCUGGACCUUCACUCGCUUCGACCCGUUUACCUCAAGCGCCUGGCAGCAGCAGUCACGCUCUCAGCACGAGGAUUCAGUCCUGACCUUAGGCAUCGAUGAGGACGACGAACCAAAUGCAGCCUCAGCCUCUCAAGGCAAAAAGACUCUGCGGCCUCAGCACAUUCCAGACGCAUUCAUCCCCGUAUUGCUGUCAGACGAUGUCGUCUCGCUUCUCGGCACUGCGUAUCGUUUCGGACUUCGGUUGCAAGCAUCCGCUGCGUCCAGUCGAGACAUUUCUUUCUCGGUGCACCGCCUCCGACAAUGCAUUUUGUCUACGUGCAGCUUUACACCGCAGUCUCACAAACCUCAGCACGUCCCCGUGCUUGUAUCUCGAACCAAGCAUCUUUGCGCCACACUCCAAUCCCUGGUCGACGAGGAAUGCGCUUCGCCCUCCGCCAUCCUGUCUGCGCGCGGCAAUUCGAUGCUGUUCUUGUCACAGGCGUUCCAGAUCAUUGUUUCGGUCGUACCUCUGCAGAUCCUGGCUGCAUCCCUCCACUCGGGCGAUGGCAGCCAAGGAAGCUUCGCUUUCAUAUCAUCGCUCUCUUCGCUUGGCAAGGCCAUCUUCGGCCUUGCUUUUCAUCGUCCCAAGGAUACCGACGAGGAGGACGAUCUCGCGGUGCUCACCGAAGACACUGUCGACGUGCUAUUGGCCUGCUGGCAAGCCCUCACCUCAUCGCUUCGACAGCAGAAUGCUUCUCACGCCCAAGAUACCCAUGUGCGGGUGUUUGCCCAAACUGUGUACGGCAGCAUUCGCGAUCAGGUCUUUGCACCCUAUGUCACUGGACGCCUUGAAGCCGCCUCGAUCGUCGAUGGAGAAGACGACAUGUCGGAAGUUGAAGAGGUCACGGCAAAGGACCGCGAUGUCUAUUCGGAUCAGCUCAUCACCAUCGCCAACCUUGCACGCACCUCGGCUGCGGACAACCUCCGCGCAUUGCAUGAGCUCGCUCGGCCUCUGUGCGACAAGCUCGUCGCCAAAUCGCAAGGACAGGCCAAUUUCACCGAAGUCGAGAUGGGCCAGACGUGGGAACAGAUUCACUGGCUCGUGUUGAUUGCGGGCCAUGUACUUGCCGACGACGCACGUGGCGAGACGCCCGAAGUGCCCAGCGAGAUCGCAGCCAGCGCCGAGCCCGACGAUCCGGCAGUGGCGCUCAUCAUGCAGCUAGGAAUGCAGCUUCUGCAGCACCUCUCCGCGUUCGGACCUGCAUCCAUGGAAGCCACCAGCCCGCAAGUGACCGAGACGCUUCUGUGGUUCACGGGGCGUUGGACGUCAUCCUAUCUGUUGAUCGACGAGCGAGCUGGUUUCGCUACCAAUGCUGCCAUCCAGCGCGGUUUCGGCGAGCAAGCAGGCCGGCAGGUGCUGACCUUCUUGCUGCAGCGUCUUUCGGAGAACCUUUCGCUUUGGAUGUCGGACUCGGACGUACUGCUGCAACUCGCACAGGUGCUGUCCGCUUUCACUCGGUCAAGCGGCAUCAUGAUUUACCUGCUUCAACUCGCCGAGAUGGAGCAGCUCGUGUCCGGCAUCGUGACGCGACUUGACCAUUUGCCUGCGAACACGCACGGCGCGCUCAUCGCCUCGGUGGUCAGCUGCAUCUACUCUGGCGCUACGCAUCCGGAUGCUUCGAGUGAGCGAUCAGCUGAGUUCUAUUUUGGGCAGAUCACCGCCUCGAUCGAAUCACGCUUCGGCGCAUUGCUCUCGCGGCCUGACUUUGCGGCCAUCUCCCAGCGCUCCGAUGUCAUCUCGGCGGUGCAAACCUCACUCGACAUGCUCGAAGGGCUAGCCUCCUCGAUCCAACCCAACUCGGCCGAGAUCGUGUACGGCUUCAUCUCCAAAUUCUUCUCGGCCUUCUCGCAGCUCUGUCGCGUGUACGAUACACGGCCGGAGAUCGCCGUCUCCGUUCUGCGUCUGCUGCACACGCUGAGCGUUUCGCUCGAGCUGGACUUCGGUGCGGAGCCGUUUGUUGUCAUGGGGCUGAAUGGGGCGAUGUGGGAGCUGAUGCAAGCGCUGCAGGGCGCGAGCCGCGCCGGCAAGAAGAAAACGCAUCUGCUGCUGGCGUCCGAGACGGGCUCGUUGCCGCUCGACGACGAUGUGCCGUACGAGGGUGUGUGUCUGCUGAUCGAGUUGCUGGCGGAGCUGUCCGGAUCUGCGCGCGCAGGAGUGGACGAUGGAGGCUCGGACGAGUCGCGCGAGCUGCAGGCGUCGAAGACGAGCGACGUGUGUCUGGUAGGCUUUGAGCAUGUGCUGGGCCUGCUCGAGUCGAGCGAGCCGCUCAGCGUGCCCAGGCUGAGGCAGGGGUUGGGUAAGCUCACCUCGGCGAUUUUCGGGCUUUUCUCUGGGCGGCUUGUUCUGGUCGCCUCGGCAAAUGCCGACUCGGGCGCAUCGUUGCUCGACAAGGCGGUACAGGCAUUGUCGCUGUGCAUCAAGAUGGACGAGAACGAGACGGCGCAGUUGGGGCUGGAGUCGAUUGUGGCCUUUUGCAAGGUGGUGGCGGUGCACUUCAGGCAACCUAGCGCGCAGCUUGUGGCGGCAUUGCACGGGUGUCUUGCGAGCGUUCUGCGGCUGCUGCUGGCGGAACCGCUGGACUCGACGUUGUUCUGGACCUCGCUAUUCGCGCUGCUAUCGCUGAUCAAGGUAUCGAGCCACACGGAUUUGGGCGCGGCGCUGGGAAAGGCGGCAGAGGGCGUAGAGAGCAGAGACGCUUUCCAGCACGCGGCGCGGGAGCUGGUCCAGCCGGCUCUGGGUCCUCUCGGUCAGAAUGAUGCCGAUUGGAUCCACGAAUCCAAACAGAAGCUGCCCCGUUGGAGAGGCCAAAUUCGUAUCCGUUAA